GCAGCCCACCGGAUUCCCUUCCCAAUUGGGAGCCGGAUUACGUCAUGAUCUUAUCCUCUUGGGACGGACCAUCCCUUCCUUCACAUCAGCAGGCAGCAGCUCUCACUCCCAAGCCCCAAGUUAAACAAGCCGUCACGCUAUAAGAUCCGGAGCUCCGUUCCAUUCCAAUUCCCCAUUCAGAUCCGCCACUAUUCUUCUUCAUUUCUUCUUCCACAGCUAGCUAGCUAGCAGCCGGUGGGUGCAGCAGCAGCAGCAGCAGCAGCAGGACACCGAUCCGCCCGACUACAAGCAAGGAUGCUGGCCAUCUUCCAGAAGCAGGUGGCGCACGCGCCGCAGGAGCUCAACAGCCCCCGGAGCGGCGGCGCCGCCAAGCCCAGGAGCCCCGACGAGAUCCUCCGGGACUUCCACGCCGCGCACCCCGCCGACGCCUUCUCCACCUCCUUCGGGGGCGGCGCCGCGCUCGCCUGCGUCGGCGCGCGCGCCUGCCCUGCUGCCGGGGCCGGCCACCACCAGCGCAUGUUCUGCGGCCUCGACGACAUCUACUGCGUCUUCCUCGGCCGCCUCGACAACCUCAGCGCCCUCAUCCGCCAGUACGGCCUCUGCGGCAAGUCCACCAACGAGGCGCUGCUCGUCAUCGAGGCCUACCGCACCCUGCGCGACCGCGGGCCCUACCCCGCCGACCAGGUCGUCAAGGACCUCGCCGGAUCAUUCGCCUUCGUCGUCUUCGACAACAAGUCCGGCGCCGUAUUCGCAGCCCUGAGCGCCGACGGCGGCGUUCCGCUCUACUGGGGCAUCGCGGCGGACGGCUCCGUGGUGAUCUGCGAGGACCGGGAGAUCGUCAAGCGCGGGUGCGGCAAGUCGUACGCGCCCUUCCCCGUGGGGUGCAUGUUCCACAGCGAGGGCGGCCUCAAGAGCUUCGAGCACCCCAUGAACAGGCUCAAGGCGAUGCCCCGGGUCGACAGCGAGGGCGUCAUGUGCGGCGCCACCUUCAAGGUCGACACCUUCACCAAGAUCAACUCCAUGCCGCGCGUCGGCAGCGCCACCAACUGGGCCGCCGCAUGGGACGACAAAGCCAUCUAGAGCUGCUAGCUACUAGUAGAACAUCAUAUCUUUUCACUCUCUCUUUUUUUUUCAAUCAAAUCAAGAGCGCCGCUGCUAGCCAUGUGCCCUUUCUUUCUUGUUUUCUUCCUUCUUCGUCGCCCGCUAUAUAUGCUAGCUGCUGCUUUAAUUUUUCCUUCCGAUCCACUACACUAAUGUAUCUCAAGACCACGUACGGAAGCAUGCCGCCUUUGUUUUACUGCCUGAUGUCGUCCUCUUCCUCCUUGUGUUGGCACAUUGUACAUUUCCCUGUGCUUGUGGACUUGGCUGUUGAACAUGAUCAAUAACAGUUUGUUUGCCUCAA